GCCUGUUUAAUAAGCAAAUGCCGUUCACUGACGAGGAAGUGGCAUUCAAGUUCGCCAUGAACGAAAUCAACAAAAACGCGACGCUCCUGGCGGGAUCCACGCUGAUCUCUGAUAUUCAGCAGAUCAAAGUCAACGACAGCUACGAGGCUUCUAGAGCAGCUUGCUUUCAGUUGACUCUAGGAGUGGCAGCCAUUGUCGGUCCGUCCUCACCCAGAUCAUCGCCGACUGUCCAGUCUCUGUGCACCGCGCUGACCGUACCCAACAUACAGACCACAUGGAACCCUGACCAGGUAGAAGACAGGUAUUCUGUCAACCUGUACCCGGACGCCUUGAUGUUGUCUCAGGCCAUACUCGACAUGGUGAACUACUACGGCUGGACCAGAGUCUCGCUUCUGUAUGACAGUGACGACGCUCUGAUAAGGCUACAGGAACUGCUGAAGGCGCCCGCCAGGACUAAGAUGGAGCUGAAGAUAAGAAAGUUACGGAGGGAGGACGGGGAAGGCGUGCUUAAAGACUGUAAAUUGGACGGCAGCAAUAACAUCAUCUUCGACGUAUCAUACGAGAAACUACCCAGAGUAUUACAUAAGGCUCUCCAGCUAGGCAUGAUGACGCAUUUCUACCACUACAUCGUCACCUCUUUGGAUUUAGCCACGGUUGACCUGGAGAACUAUCGACACGGUGACGUGAACCUGACGGCGUUCCGAUUGGUCGAUAACAAGAACCCUAGAGUGCAGGAGGUUCUUCGUGAUUGGACGAGAGUGCGAGAGUCUUCUAACGUCAUCAGUGGUACUAUCAAAGAUGGCCUCACGACACCCGUUGCUCUGAUGUUUGACGCCAUCUAUGUGCUGGUGGCCGGACUGGAGGGAUCCGACGUUGGUCAGGAGAUCUCGCUGAGCAAGUUAUCAUGCGACAACAGAAAAGCGUGGCUGUACGGCCAUACUGUGCUCAACUAUCUGAAAGUAGCGGAGCUACAGGAUGGUUUAAGUGGUCGGAUAAAAUUCGACAGUAACGGACAGAGAACCAAGUUUAGCCUUGAUGUCAUGGAACUCAGGGAAGCUGGGCUGACAAAGCUUGGAACUUGGAAUUCAGGAGAGAGACAGGCGCUGAACAUUACCGACAGGUCGCUGGCAGGCUCAAACGUCACCAAUUCUCUACGGAACAAGACACUUAUUGUCACCACCAUCUUGGAAAAACCGUACGUCAUGCAGAAGAGGUCCGACGAAGAGCUGCUGGGUAACGACAGGUUUGAAGGGUUUUGUAUCGACUUACUCAACGAGAUCGCCGCCAUUCUUGGAUUCAAGUACGAGAUAUACCUCGUGCCCGAUGGGCAGUAUGGCGCACCCAUGGAGGACGGAGAGUGGUCAGGCAUGGUGAAGGAGCUUAUUGAUCAGCGAGCCGACCUGGCUGUGGCUCCACUUACCAUCAGCUUCAUCAGAGAACAAGUCAUAGACUUCUCCAAACCGUUCAUGAACGUGGGUGUCACCAUAAUGUACCGCGUACCGAACAGAACCAACCCCGGCGUCUUCUCGUUCCUCAACCCGCUGUCCUACGACAUCUGGCUGUACAUCCUCCUCUCGUACCUCGCCGUCAGCGGAGUCCUCUUCGUCCUGGCGAGAUUUAGCCCGUACGAGUGGUAUAACCCUCACCCGUGUAACCCCAACUCGGAGUACCUGGAGAACCAGUUCACCCUGCUGAAUAGCAUGUGGUUCUCUAUUGGCGCCUUCAUGCAGCAGGGUUCGGAGAUCAUGCCGAGGGCGCUGUCCACGAGACUUGUGAGCGGAGCGUGGUGGUUCUUCACGCUCAUCAUGAUCUCGUCCUACACCGCGAACCUGGCGGCUUUCCUCACCGUGGAGAGAAUGGAGUCACCCAUCGAGUCAGCAGAUGAUCUUGCGAAACAAACGAAGAUAAAGUACGGAACGUUAGAUUUCGGUGCGACCCAAACAUUCUUUAAGAAUUCGAAAAUUCCCACCUAUGAAAAAAUGUGGGCGUUCAUGAGCUCCCAGGAGCCGUCUGUGUUCACCAAGUCUACGGAGGAGGGGAUCGACCGAGUCCUGAACGAGAACUACGCCUUCCUACUGGAGUCCGCCAUGAACGAGUACUUCACUCACAGGAACUGCAACCUGACCCGCGUGGGGGGACUGCUGGACUCCAAGGGUUACGGCAUCGGGACUCCUGAGGGUUCGCCAAUCCGUGACAAAAUCACCAUAGCCAUCCUCCAGCUCCAAGAGGCAGGUCAGAUCCAGAUGCUGUACAACAAGUGGUGGGUGAACAUGGGCCAGUGUUCGAACGAGGACAAGAAUAAGGAGGCCAGCGCCCUGGGCGUGGCGAAUGUGGGCGGGAUCUUCAUCGUGCUGAUUGCCGGUCUGGUGGUCGGCAUCAUCGUGGCCAUCAUUGAGUUUAUCUGGAAAUCCAGGUCCACUCAGGAAAGGGACAAGAUCAGCCUCUGUGACCAAAUGCAGCGGCAAUGGAGAGACAUCCUGGCGGGAGGAACCCGCAGGCCCGCCGCUGGUCCCCACAAGGAGGACCUAUAUUCAGACAGCCUCCCGACGACGGUCCAAGUGGAGCUUUUGAAAUUUGAAAAGUUUGACCGGAUCAGAACUGACCGAGUUCGUAGAGAUUUUGUAGAUCCCUGAGGAAAUUAUUUCGUGUAUAAGUUUCAUGUUAAUGAAGAAAAUUGUUAAAACGUAAUCAGUGACUGACCUAAUGAGUUUCAUAUACUGUUGUGCCUUUAUUAUCAGUGGUAAGUACACUGUGGUAUUAACCUGGUCAUAGGGCUGAUGAUGAUCACAAAAGAACGACACCGCUCAGCUCACGAGUCUCAGGACAAAGCCAAUCAAAUACGCUCCAGUCAAUACGAUUCUCUGAAUAAUAAACCAAAGAAAACUGUCAUCAGAUAUGUAUAGCCAUUUUCAAAAUUAAAUAUGUAAGGGUGAGUAACAGUAAUGUAGGUAACCACGGACACACACAAGAAGAUCUAUCAAGUCUCACGUGACAUCAAAAGGAUACAGAUACAGAUGUGAACGCAGCUAUUUGCACAUCAGAUGUACCGUAGCUAAUACGCAUUUUAAACAUCUGUAAAUAUUCCUAGCCCCUCAAAUUGCUAUUGUUAGGAUUGUGUACCUCAAUCGAAAGUAUACAAGUAUGAUCAUUUCAAAUCCUUCCGGUAAAACAAAAAGGAAAAAGACAAUGUCCGCUACGCUUGAAGUACCUGUGAACUCUUCAUGGCAGAAAACAUUUUAGACAUCAACAUGGCGAUAACCAAUUGCCUCUUUCGCUGGUAUUGAAUGUAGAUAAACACAUUGUGUAUGAUGACAGGUGUCGAAUGAUAUCCAUACCACGAGGCAAUCGCAUACCCUCUAUUAAUGAUAUUGAAUAACAGGAAACAAUCCAAAUCAUUCAAUAACGUGUUGACAAGCAAAAGUUGGUUGAUUUGCCUACUGCAAAAUUUUACUCGACGGAAAUGUGAAUAAACUGUUGUUCUGAUGAGUAUUUCUUACAUUCUUAUUUGUAGCUUCUAGGCCUGCUAUGACAAAAUAGAUAAGGCGAUUCUUUAGAUAAAUCGAUGUUUAUCGAAAAAAAGCAGGCUUAGCUACGUAAUAGCAGUUAAAGAUUAACAGGUUAAAUGAACAACGUUAAAUGAUCCUAAUUUUGUCCAUGUCCAAGUUUGGUUGUUGCGUUUUAUCUUAGCAUGAUAGCCGAAAGUUUUGGUUGUCGAUGGCGUACAAUGUCAUUUACAUAUGAGGUAUCCACAAAUUGUUUUAUUGAAUUCUAUUCGCUCAGCAACUAUAUUAAAAACGGAAUAAUGCAUACAUUUCUAUUACCAUAUCAACCUCAAAUAAGUUUGAAAGUGUUCAAUACCAAUAAUUUGUGUCUCUUAAAGCACACGUAAAGUAUUCCUUUGCAAACUUUCCAGACGAGGUAGUAAUACACAGCAAUAUUUUUCAAGCUCGCUCACAUUACUUUGAUAUUUAGCUAUAAAAAAAGAAAGUACUAAAUUUAUACAUGCCAUGCAUGAU